UGGCGCGGCCUGGAGCGGCCUGGCGCGAGCGAUAGCCAGAAGAACUCAGGAUGAGUAAAACGAAUAAGUUUAAUGUUCAAAGCACAUUUUGUGUUCUUUGUGGACUGACAGAUGACUGCACUGAAAAGUAUGGAGAAAAAAGGACCUAUGUGGAAUACAAUCUCACUGUUCAUUAUUACUGUUUGUUGAUGUCAAGUGGCAUUUGGCAGAGAGGUGAAGAAGAUGAAGGUGUAGAUGGAUUUUUAAUCACAGAUAUUAGAAAAGAAGUAAAUAGAGCUGCAAGACUGAAAUGUAAUAUCUGUAAGAAAAAGGGAGCCUCAAUUGGAUGUGUAGCUCCUAAGUGCAAACGAAGUUACCAUUUUCCUUGUGGGUUACAAAGGGAAUGCAUUUUCCAGUUUAUGGAAGACUUCAGAUCUUACUGUUGGGAGCAUAGACCAGUCCAAGAGUUUACGGAUAAAGAACCUAGAGGAGCUUCACAGUGUACAAUAUGCCUGGAUUUGGUUGAACAUCUUCCACUGUACACUGUAUUGAAAAGUCCUUGCUGUAAAAAUGCUUGGUUUCAUCGAGAAUGCUUGCAGUAUCAAGCUUUGAGUGCUGGGAUAUUUUUCUUUAGGUGCACAGUAUGUAAUAACAAGGACAAAUUUCAAAAGGAAAUGUUGAGAAUGGGCAUACACAUUCCAGAAAGAGAUGCGUCUUGGGAACUUGAAGAAAAUGCAUAUCAAGACUUACUGCAUUGUUAUCAACACUGUGAUGUUAAAAGAUGUCUUUGCAGGAAAGGAAGAGAUUAUAAUGAACCUGAUAGUAAAUGGGAAAUAAAGCGUUGCCAGUACUGUGGUUCUCGUGGGACUCACUUGGCCUGUUCAUCUAUGAGAUCAUGGGAAGAAAACUGGGAGUGUAUGGAGUGCAGAAGUAUCUUUGCAACAUCAGGUAAAAUUAAGGUAUCAUGUUAUCAUACAGGGAAAUACAGCAAACAGAAAAAGCGUGCUUUGGCUACCUCUGAAAAGACAAAUGGAACAACUUGUUUGCUGGAAGAGCCAUCUCCAAAGUCCCCUCGGCAGUCAUCUGGAUCUCCACGCAAUUUUCUACUCCACUCACCAAAGAUAAUGUGCCAGAACUUGUCACCUUGCUCACACCGAGAACUUCCAGCAUCCAACAGAAUGACAAUGUCCUUAUCUCCAGUGAUGUCAAACGGGAGCUGGUCCCUGAGGCACAGGCGUUUAAGAGAGCAAAGAAAGGAAGUUUCUAAUAUACUGAAGGAGUUAAAGGUGCAAGUUAAAACAAAACCAACAAGACUUAACAUCAAUGCAGAAAAUAUUUGGAGUAGUGCUUUAAAAGGAUUUAGACAGCGCAUCUUCAGUCCCACAAAUACUAUUGAAGUAAGUUUCUCAAACAGCAAAAAUAGAUCGAAGACAAGUACUUCUGCUGCAUCAAAGCACCAUUUCUUCCAGUUGUUAAUGCUUCACCUUCAGAAUUCAUCAUUGUUUGAGGGCUCUUCUGGAAAGAAUUUGUCACUUGAUUUUCAAGCACUAGAAGAAAAUCUUUAUUUUGAAGCUGGUAAAAUGAUUGCAGUUUCUCUGAUUCAUGGUGGUCCAUCUCCUGGUUUCUUUUCCAAAACACUGUUCAAGUGUCUUGUCUAUGGUCCAGAGAAUGUGAAGCCAGCUUUGGAAGAUGUUGCUGAUGAUGAUGUAGCACAAACAAUAAAAAAGAUUAAAUAUGCAAAUAGUCUGUCCAGCCUACAGUCUACACUACAGGACUGCUGUGAAUUCCUCGCUGCUGCUGGAUGUUUAAGACCUGUAACAGCUUUGUGUGAUAAAAACAUGCUGGUGAAUGACAUAUUGAUCUGUCAUGUAAUCAAGAAAGUUACUUUACCCUUAGAAAGUUUUAGGCAGGGUUUGAAAACCCUUGGCGUUCUAGAGAAAAUGCAAAUGCACCCAGAUGCGUUCUCUAGCAUAUUUUGCCACAAACCUGAAAGACUUUCAGCGAAAACACUUUGUGAUCUCUUUACAAUCCAUUCCUCAUCAGAUGUAAAUAAAGUUGAAGGUGCUGGUUUUUGGACGGGCUAUUUGCAUGAUGUGGAAAGUGGUGAGUCUGUAGUGACAUUGGAGGAUAUUCUGCUCUUCGUAACAGGUUCCUGUUAUAUACCAGCCAUUGGUUUUGAUCCUGAACCUACUGUUAAAUUUUUGCAUAUCAGGUAUCCCAUUGGAAACAGACUUCUUAAUUGCUUAGAGCUUCCUAUAACAGAGACAUAUCAGCAGUUCAAAAAUAAAAUGGAAUUCACCAUCAGAAACACACUAGGAGUUGAAGGGGAGUAAGUAUUUUUGCUGUUAAACUGAAUCUUGGAAACUUGAGUUUUUUCUGCAGGAACAUCUGCUACCAGUUUACCACUGUAUUUUUGGACAGCAUGCUUUUAGUGUUUUUCCAGCCUUCCCCCUAAAAUUAUGCUAAAAGUUGUAAUGUUAUGAGAUGGAAAACAAUUUUCAAAUUAAAAAAAUCCUUACCUCCUGAAUAAUUUUCCUUUUGAAGUUGACCUUAAGAGUCCUCCAUCUCUUGCAGAAGUAGUUUAAAUGUCAGCUUUUGUGUAGACAGGUAUAAAAUGUUACCACACUGUAACAGGUAAGUAUGUGGAUAGUAUGAAAUAUUUGGGUAACUUAUUUAUCAGAAACAAACCAGGUAAAUUUUAAAGGUAAUUGCUGUAUAGCAUUACAUAAAACUGUGAUGCAGUUCUUCAGUUCUAUGUAUAUUUUUCUCAGUAAUUGUUUUGUAUUGAUUCAUUUACAUUCUGAUGGUUCAUAGAAACCUAGGAAACUUUAAAAAAUACUUGCAGUUUUUAUGAUCAUUGUGGCAAGUGCAUUCAAGGUCUGGAGAAAACAUAGGUAAAAUAAUACAGUGUAAGGACAAAAUCCAGUCGAACUUGUCUUUCUGUUUUUAAAGAAAAUCUUUGACAUUUUCACGUUUCUGCAUUCUGUUGUCAUACAUUAAUUUUUAAUUACUCAUAGAGUCAAAAUAAUAAAAAUCAGAAGUAAAUCUUGAACAUGCAGCAAUAAAUAACUGGUCUUUCAAAGUGAAAUAUAGGAGCUAGACUUAAUGUUGUUGAGUCUGAAAGAAUAAACGUUUUUUGCUCAUUAGAACAUGUAAACUUGUUUUCCAUUAAACUGUUUUCAUACGACCAUGCACUACCUAAACCUCUCCUUUAAACUAAAGGCAGUCUACCAUCAAGUUUGUCUGCGCCUGACACAUUUUUAGUUUUUAUUCUAAACUCUUCCAAUUCAGCCAUACGUGCAUUCUGAGCACCGUAUAAAAUACAUUUUACUGCUGCGGUAAUUUGUGUAAGUGGCCAGGCCAUUAAAGCUGUAAAAGAUAAGUAGUGAAAUUCCUAUAAAGCAAUACUUCAUUGUUAUUAGUGCUAAAACUAUGACAUUAAAAGGACAUUUAAAUCCAUUCUUUUUAAAUGUAUGCUGCUCUCUGUUUUGAAAUUACGCUAUUUCCCCUCUGUUAAUUUUGACCUGUAUUAUAUGUUCUGAACAUAAGUUGUGCUAUAGAUGUAAUAUAGAUACAUAUGUAUAUGUAUGCACAUUCUUCAAAAUACUGGAAAGUAAUCAUACCCUUUUUUAUUAACAUAGCUUGAAAAUAGAAGCAGGAUUGCUUUACUUCUGAAUUCCUGAGCAAGGAAGUACAUCCACAGUAAUUAUAGAUGGAUAGGUGCUUCUGAAAAAAUAAUAGAAAGUCUAAGGAAAUCAUUGCAAGUCUUAGAUCUGACAUUUCUCACUACUAAUGCCUAAAAAACCAACCUAAUUGCAUCAGUCUUGUAAUUAUAAAUUUAAGCAUAUUAGAAAUUAAGACGGGAUUAGCAGUGGCUUUUGCUUGUUGGCCAAACGCAUAUUCAAGUCUCCCUUAAAAAUAAACAUACGAUCUCUUGGAGAAUGUAAUUUGACUUGUUUAUAUACUAAGCAUUUUCUCAUUGUUUUCUUUUUUCCGAUAAUAUUCUUUGUUUCUGAUCUUUGCAUAAUUUUUUACUCUCAUUCUGCCAAUAAAUUCUUUGUAUUCUUUGCCUUCACAACGUUCUGUUACCAUUACAGGGAGAGUGGUUUGGCACAGAUUUGUUUACAUAAGGAUUCAUAUUGUAUGUUUGUAUUUUUCAAAUACAAUGCGUUUCCUGCAGAUGUAAUAUUAUACUUUAAAAAUGAGUGCAGUAUUUCUUUUUCUUGCCUAGUUAAAGAUAAAUGUGUUCUGUAAUGUUAUUCUUCCGAAUGAGAAGUAAAAAUUUUACAAAAGUAGCAAGCCAGAAUGUAAUUUUAAAGGACAAGGACUUUUGGUACCUGCAGUGGCAAGAGAAAUUGUUCAGGAAUUGGAAUUAAAUAAACUGCAUUUUAAAAUCUUCAAUGGUGAAAGAAAUAAUAAAAUGAUGUGAAUAGAAGGCUUUGAAAAAUACCCAAGAUUACAAAAAUAGAGUUCACCCCUAUUAUUGCUUAUUACUUUUAAACUCAGCAGUUGAAAGGCUUUUAUAUUGCUUGAAAGGGUUUUUCGUGCACAGAAUUUGUUCCCGUUUUCUAAUAGUGAUGUGUACCCAUUCAGGACAAGUAAUCUUUUCCUUUUCUAUUGGUUUGAUCAGCUCUGUCUAGACAUUCCAAUAUAAUACUUCAUGUAUUCGAGUUGUAUUCCUGAAUGCUGCUAUGGAAAGGAAUUUCCUAAUUUUCAGCAUUUAUUUAUAUAGACCAGUCAUAAAUUUAUUUGGCCUGUUCAUUAGCAUUCCAUUGAAUAAACUAGCACAGAAUGGCCUCCCUUGUCAUGACAUUGUAAGAGCAAUUUAUAUAGCUAUAAGGACCAUAGGUUUUUUGUUGUAGCAGAUCAAUGAAGUGCAAUAUUAUGGGGUAGUUUUCAUUUUACAUAAACAUAACCUAAGGGACACCUGGAAAUUAGGGAGGCUGCUUACUUUCAGUAUUUCUGUAAUACAGGGAGAAUAAUGGUGUAUGCAUCAGUUGAGUAUUAAAUAUAUUCUUAUAAUAGCUGCAUCUUUUGUAAGAUUUUCAGCACCACAAAAAAACUAUUGCAGUCCAUUUCAUGUUUGGCCAAAGAACUUCAUGCCACAGUUUCUGCAUCAAACCCUUAGUUUCCAUCUGGAAUUAGCACAUCAAAUAAGCUAUUUAUUUUCUAGAGUGAUCAUUUUCUACUAAACAGUAAUAUAUUAGUGAGUUUAUUAUGGUCUCCUUAACAAUGUGCAUAUAUUAAAAAAACACCCUUGAGUAUUUUUGCUCUAUUUUUGAAAAACUAAGAAAUAAGAAAUUUCUCUGACUUGUAUUUUUACCCCUUCAGAAGAUGCUUACCAAAAAAAGCUGUUAGCCUCUCUAACUGAUUUAAGAGGGAAAUAUAGUCCAAAGUAGAAAAAAAUUGUUCAUACUACAAGUUUAACUAUUGUGUGCUGCAGCUUUAUUUUCAUUAAGAUGUUAAGUCCUGGAAUUUGAAAACAUGAGGGUUUUGAGUGUUAGUUAAUAAUUCACAGUCACAUUCUGUAUAUGCAUUUUGAAAAUAGUAUAAAAGAAACAGAUUUAAAUAGAAAGAAUUGCAGCUUUGAAGCCUACAAAGUAUGCUUUUCAAGUUUAUCUUGAAUCUGUUUUAUAUGGUAAAACAUAUUUAAAGCUAUAACUACUAUUUCUUACCUAUGGGAAUGUCUAGUUGGACAAAAGAAAAAUUAAAAAGGUUUUGCUUUUUAAGUGUCAAAUCAUACGUACACAGAAAAUAAUUUUCAAGAUGUUAAUGUUUGUUUAAAAACCUACAGUGUAACCCUCUGAUUUUUGUAUUACAUAAACAAUGUUCUUUUGCAAGUUAAGGGAUUUAGAAUGUUAUGCAAAAAAAUGUAAUUUUGUAAAUUUUUUUUUUAGCUCUAACUUGAACUGUUGCAUCUUCAAAUAACGUUUUACAUGACAGUUGUAGCAUCGGUGUUGAAAUAAUCAUUGAUUGUGGGGAAUACGGUGUAUAUCCAAAGUGCAAUAAAAGGUUAAGUAUGUA